ACAGUUGUUUUUGAAAUGGGACUACUGAUAAUUUUUUUGUAAUAAAUGGAGUGCAGGUUACUUUUGAAGUUAUAGUUUUGUUGUAGCCAUUUUGCUUCCCCCCCCCAAUCCCAUUUGUUUGCAGACCAGAUCAUAUGUACUCCUGAGAAUGUUGUUUUGCUAUAUGUCACAUUUUCCCCAGACUUGGGGCGCAAGGCAGCUUAUAAAAUUUGCUACCCUUCUUUAUAGACUAAUCAGUUCUUCUUAGGCUACCAGUGAUGGCUGCAGGCACUUCAGAAAAGGCAUUUAAAAAUGCUUUAAGUGCAGGAGGCAAUACCAGUGUCAAGAUCAGGGGUCCUCAAACUUUUUAAGCAGAAUGCCAGGUCACGGUCCCUCAGACUGGGGAUUAGGGGGAUGACAGUGACUAUAGUUUGGGGGGAAAAUGAACGACUUCCUAUGUACACUGCACAUAUCUGAUUUGUAGUGGAAAAAAACAUGAAAUAACAAUGCAAUAUAUAAACUGAACAAUUUUAACCAACAUAGACUCACCAGUAUUUCAAGGACCCAAGACAGCUUACAUCUAAUAAAAUAUACAGUAUACAAGAUAAAACCAUAAAUAUUAGACAUGCUGUAAACUCUGGUAAAGUUCAAUAAAAUAAAUUAUAGUAAUCCAAUCAUAUAAAAAAAGGCCAUAGACAGACUUGAAGUUAAAGCUUAGGAUGGCGGGUGGGUAAAUGACCUUGAAAGCCGCAUUCGGCACACGGGCCUUUGUUUAGGGACCCCUGAUCUUGAUACUUUUCUACAGUAUGAUAUUUGGAUCUUUUUCAAAAACAGAUAGAUUACAAGUUCUCCUGAUAUAGAGAACUGGUAUUGUACUGCUUUUUUUAUUAGUUAGCUGAGAACUGCCAAGAUGUAGCUCAGGAAAUUCAGUCUAAUAGAUAGCUUUAUAAUUUGCAAAGGUUUUGUAUUCCCAGCUUUUUAAAAUAUAUAUUUUUAAUUUGGGGAGGGGGGGGGUAAAUCUAUCAAAUUUGCCACAUGAUUCCCAGCUUUUUAAACAUCAUGAAAAAAUUGAAAAUGGCAUCUCCCCCUAAAUUUGGCUGCUACCAAUGGAAAAAAAUCUUGAAUGCAAUUGACAUGGACUAUUGUAUGCAAGCUCAGUUCUGUUCUGGGGGGAAUUUUUUUUACUGACAAUCUUCUUUAAUUCUGAAUGUAUGCCUUUUGCACCUGACUCUGAUUGGUAGAGCUUGGGAUUUAGUACAAAAUAAAGUAGAUUUGGCAGCUCUGUAAUCUCUCCACCCUUGAUACAGUGAUGCAUUUUCCAGUUGGCACAUGGGACGCAGAUUCCCAUUCUGUCAUAGUGGCUCAUUAGGUGCUUAUACCUUAGGCAGAUCACUUCAUGCUUUGCCUAAGGUUUUAUUUACUUCUUCCCUUGGCCUUUAGAAGGGCGGACAUGGCUAAGGGCCAAACUGUAUUAAUUCUGGUCAUUUGAACUUUCCACAUCCAAUCUUGGGGAUGCCUUAAGUUCUCUUAUGCAUCAUUUUUUUUAAAAAAAACUUUUGUCCCCUCAUAAAGUGUUUAGUGAUGAUAUUCCUCUGCUCUUGUCGUUUCAGGUUCUGGUCCCCAAAUCCGGCAUGGUGUGCUUGCCCUGUGGAACCUAUUAGCAGGAUCUCCUGGCCAGAUGUUACCUUCAUCUGCAUGGACUUCUGAAAGUGAUCCUUCUUAGAGGAUCAGCAAUACAAGUCAUGGCUACGACAAACCCUCUGGAGAACCUUCAGGUAGAAGCCAGCUGUUCCGUCUGUUUGGAGUAUUUGAAAGACCCUGUCAUCAUUGAAUGUGGCCACAACUUCUGCCGAGACUGCAUUACCCGAUGGUGGGAGGAUCUAAAUCGGGACUUCCCUUGCCCUGUCUGCCGUAAGACUUCCCGCCACCGUAGUCUGAAACCCAACCGGCAGCUGGGCAACAUGGUAGAGAUAGCCAAGCAGCUGCAGGUCACAAACAAGCGCAAGGUACGGGACGAGAACUUAUGUAAAAAGCACAAUGAAGUGCUCGGACUUUUCUGCAAGGAGGACCAGGAGGCUGUUUGCUUAGUGUGCGAGAUCUCCCUCGAACACCGCUCUCACACAGUUGUCUCUGUGGAUGAUGCUUCUCAGGAAUAUAAGGAAAAGAUGCAGAAGUGCCUGGAGCCACUAGAACAAAAGCUGCAGAAGAUUGCCUAUUGCAAAUCCCAAGAGGAGAAGAAGCCUGGGGAACUAAAGAGAAAGAUUGAAGACCGCCGUCAGCUCAUCAUCAGUGAAUUUGAAGAAUUGCAUCUAUUCCUGGCAGCUGAGCAAGAAAUCCUGAUGAGGCGUCUGGAGGAAGAAGAGAAGGAGAUUUUGCAGAAGCUGAAGGAGAACGUGGCAAAGCUUUCUGAGCAGCGGGCCAUUCUCAACAGUCUUAUCACAGAGAUUGAGGAAAAGUGCUUGCAGUCGGGCAUUGAAAUGCUCAAGGAUGUGAAGAGCACUCUUGAAAGAUUUGAAGAACUUCAGGCCCAAGAACCACGUUUAGUCUCCAUUGAGCUAGAAAAAAAUUUCUGCAACUUCCCCAGACAGUAUUUUGUCCUGAGGAAAAUCCUUAAGAAGCUAACAGGUGUGUUAAACCAAGGAGAUCUCAUCCUUGAUCCUGAAACAGCCCAUCCCAACCUAGUGCUCUCCGAGGACCGCAAGAGUGUUAAGUUUGUGGAGCAGCGUCUAAGAGACCUGCCAGACAGCCCGAAGCGCUUCACCAUCUACCCGUGUGUCUUGGCAACAGAAGGAUUUACUUCAGGCCGGCACUACUGGGAGGUGGAAGUGGGCGAAAAGACCCAUUGGGCCCUGGGGGUUUGCAAUGACUCAGUAAGCCGUCAAGGGGAGAUAACCUCUGUGCCGGAGACCGGAUAUUGGCGGGUGAGGCUGUUAAAUGGGGAUAAGUACGCGGCCACCACCACACCCUUCACCCCACUCAACGUCGUCAUCAAGCCCAAGCGAGUGGGCAUCUUCUUGGACUACGAGGCUGGGAAACUUUCUUUCUACAAUGUGACGAACCGUUCCCAUAUUUACACAUUUAAUGACACCUUCACUGAGAAGCUUUGGCCUUUUUUCUACCCAGGGAUCCGUGCUGGCCGCAAGAAUGCUUCCCCUCUCAUCAUUCGGCCGCCAACGGACUGGGAGUAACAAAAGGACUGUCUUCCCCUGCUAGGAUUGGCCCUCAAAUACAUUGAGUGGAGUCCUAACUGCUUGACUUCUCAGUGAAAAGGAAACGUCUCAAUGAAAGCUCAAAGCAGCAGUAUCUCUGACCAGAAGCAAGUCAACUGAAGGAAAAGCACAGAGGCAUUCCAAAGUCACAAUGUGUUUCAUUUUAGGGAAGGAUUCAAAGAAUGUGGCACUGGAGAAGGAAAGGAGAGAUGCUUGUUACAGUGGAGCAGUUUGCAGUGCUCAAACAUACAGGAAAGGCAGCAUGAGAAGCACAUGUUCUUCUGCUAUCCUAAACUUCUGAGUCAGUUUUAAAUUUGACAUCAUGAGAUAUAAACCUGCUCUAGUGGGUUUUUUUAAAGACUUGUGUUUGCAUUUGCUGUGGGCAGAGCUGCCUAGAAAUAAGUAUGAGUGAAAGGGCAAUUUUAUGUCCUGUUGAAUGGGUCUUGGUGAGUAGAAGAAUGUAGUAUUACUGUGAAGGGCUUAGGAUGGAUUCUUUAUUCUUGCAGACAGAUGGCAUAGAGGAUAAAUAUCUUUCUCUUUCCCUGCAGUUUGUUUUCAGUUGAUAGCUAGAGCUAUGCAUUGUUAACUUCUGGCAUUCUUGUGAUGGGGCUGUAGUACAUGGGUGCAAGAGAGUCAAGGAGGUUGGGCACAGAUCAUGUUGUCUGAGACACCUCUGGCUAGCGGAUUCUGGAAGUUGUCAUCUUUAACACUUUCCCAAACUCUAGUUGUAACUCAGAGCCAAACAAUCAUUGUGAAUCACUUAAGGUUGCGGCCAUCUGGCACUAAAAUGAAGCCUCAAAAUGGAGAGCUGUCUGUUAGUCAUUGGAACCAUGGUUUCCAAAUGUGAACUUGGAUUACAACUCCCAGAAUCUCUUUCUGUGACUACUGGGCAUUGUAAUCUAGCAUUGAGGUUCCACAGCCUUCAGCAGUCUGGCCUUCAGGCCUAGUGUAGCCAUACUACAACACCAACUUGUACUGAGCUGCCAAAGGUCUUGUUUUUGGAAGGCCCUGAGUGGCAGCAGUUCACUUUCCGAGGCUUUGCAGUGCACGAGAGUUAGAUCCUUGUGCACAGAAGACAUCUCACUCUCAUUCUGAUAAAUUUCAGAGGAGAGUCGGCAUCUAGCUAAUCACCUGAGCUGAACUAAAUAGGAGAUGGGAGCUUCUCUUCCAUGGAUGAAGCAGACUUGGAAAUGUCAUAGUUCUAACACCUGUGGAGAGUGCUGGAGGCAGCGCAGACUAUAGAUACUCUUGGUGUGGGAGAUACCUUCAGGAACAGCACACAGCUGAUUUGUUCCAACAGGAAGGCUUUCUCUUUGGUUGUAGCAGUGCAGAUACUUACAGCUAAUGCUAUACAUAGAUGCACACACAUCCACUCUCUCCAACAAUCCUCCAACUCUCCAACAACAAUCAUCCAUCAACAUUCAUCACAUAGUGGCUGGCUGCUUAUAUACCUUCCCAUGAUGCAACCCUGCAUUCAUGGUUACACCAGCCACUGGCCUAGUCACUGUGAAUCAGCACUUUACCACAUGGGCAUACCUAUGUUAGCAUUUUAGCAUCUAAAUACAGCAGUGUAUUAUAAAACUCUGAUAAUGAAUUGGAAAAAUGUAUAAUGAAUGUAUAUCAACAUGUUUAUUUGAAUGGAAAAUAUAUACAUGAUGAGCAAGAAUUCCAGCACCCUUUGAACAUGGUGGUGGAAAUCUAAAUUUCAGGUCCUCUAGGACAGAGGUGCCAAACUUGUAUCCCUCCACAUGUUUGGUCCUCCAACUCUCAGAAGCCCUAGCCAGCUUGUCCAAUGGCCAAGAACUCUGGGAGCUGAAAUCCAAAAUACAUGGAGAGCCAUAGGUUUGAAACCAUUGCUCUAACAACUUUGUCUUCAAUUUAGUGUUUUUACUAUUUGUUUGAACUACAGUCUCCAUCGUCCCUAUUCAGCAUGGGCACUGGCUAUCUAAAAGGCUCCCCAUUAAUAAGGUCUGCUUUUAGGGCUAAUCCUCUAAGUUCAGUCUCAAAUGACGUAAUUGCUCGACAAGCCUUUUGCAUUGAUGAAAUGGUGGCUCUCAUUUCAAUUGACAUGCCUGCAAGAAACAUGAGAAUCCAGCCCAUUAGGCGCAGCAACUUCCAAAGGCAACCUUUAUUAUUGACAUGUGUAUGUGUAUAGAUGCACAUGCAUAUACACAUGUGUGUGUGUGUGUGUGUGUAUGUUGAUACAGUUGAGGAAGGUCUGUUUUGGGUGCUUGUUACCCUUAAGCAUGAGUGGAACCUGAACUCUUCAGCAACCCACAGCUUAGAGCAAACUACUUGUAUUGUGGCUUGUAAAGUUACAAAUAAAAUAUCCUGAUUUAAUAGUC